AUGAGCUUGUCAUGUCGCCGGCUGUUUCAUUCUCUCAGGCCACUUCAGCAUGAGAAUCCCUUGGGCCUGCCCAAGAGUGGCUCUAUUCCACGCUUCCAGCGCGGCUUACCUGAGAAGCGCAAAAUCAAGGAUGUGGCCAAAGUUGUAGCUGUAUCGUCGGCUAAAGGAGGUGUCGGUAAAAGCACUGUCGCCGGUGAGCUCCCACUGCGACGGCAUUCCAGCCCUACCAGUGCACAAGCUGAUGAACAAUGGCAGCAAACCUGUCUCUCGCCUUUGCGAGGCAAGGCUACCGAUCCGAAGAACCACGACUGUCGUCAAGUAUACAACCAGCUUCUGCCGCUCUCAAAUUAUGGCGUCAAAACCAUGUCGAUGGGCUAUCUCGUAGGCGAGGACGCGCCCGUCGUAUGGCGUGGCCUGAUGGUCAUGAAGGCCCUCCAGCAGCUUCUCCACGAGGUUGAAUGGGGCGGCCUUGAUAUCCUCGUCCUGGACCUGCCCCCUGGCACCGGUGAUACCCAACUGAGCAUCACACAGCAGAUUGUGCUCGACGGGUCGGUUGUCGUUACCACACCGCACACGCUUGCCGUCAAAGACGCCAUCAAAGGCGUCAACAUGUUCAAAAAGGUCAACGUGCCUAUCCUAGGUCUCGUACAAAACAUGUCUGUGUUCCGGUGUCCGCACUGCCACGGCGAGACGGCAGUGUUUGGGUCCAGUGAGGGAGUUCGCAAGGUCUGCAGUGAACACCAUAUAGACUUUUUGGGAGACAUCCCCUUGCAUCCAAAUAUCGGAGAAGAUGCGCACUUGGGAAAGCCGACAGUGGUGUCCGAGCCGGGGAGCGACAGAGCACAGGCUUUUAUGAAGAUAGCGGAAGAAAUUGGAGUCAAAAUCGGCAUGUAG